ACUCCUAAUAACUCCCAUGACUGAUAACAGCUGUGCGAGAUAAAAAAAAGAAAAAGAUUUUAAAGCCGGAAGAGGAAAUACUUCAUGAGAGAAACUGUCGACGCAUAAGAAGCAACAGUUUGUGCUGACUUUUGUAUCUUUGCUGUAUUUUAACCUUAACGAAACGCAGCUUCCCAUCAGGUGUUUGUCGCUCCACUCUUUCGUUUCACAGGCGGAUAUUUGGGCGUUUGCGCCACCUUGUGAGCGAACUGCUCACUCAGCAGAGCCAACGUACAUCUGUCGCAAGAUGGUGUCAAUAGUUCGCACUCUUCGACACCACACAGACGAGGUCAGCUGCUGUGCUUUCUCUCCAUCCCUCCUCGCGACCUGCUCCGGUGAUAAAACUCUCCGUGUUUAUAACACAGCAGACUUCUCGGAGCUUCCUUUUUCUCCUCUCUCGGGCCACGGCUACGGGGUUCACUGCUGCUGCUUCAGCUCAUGUGGCAGCUACCUGCUCAGCUGCUCCACAGACGGAUCCACCAUCGUGUGGGGCUCACAGACAGGUGAGGUGGCCGCGGUGCUGCAGCACCCGGCCCGCAGUCCGCUCCGAGUUUGCGCGGUGGCACCAGACUCCUCCCAGCUGCUGGCAGGGGCCUGCGAUGGCACCGUGGCCCUCUGGGACUUCCGCUCCAGGACAUUACGCAGAUACAGUGCAGUGAGCGAGGCCAGUGUUGUGGCCUGCUGCUUCUCUCCCUGUGGCCAGAUGUUUGUAACCGGAUGCACCCACGGAGACCUCAAACUGUGGGAUACGGACAUCAACCUCCUGCAUGCUGAGAAGGACGCCCACGACCUGGGAGUCACCUGCUGCAGCUUUGCACCGCAGUUUAAAGUUGAGGGCUGCUGUGUGGAGUUUCGACUGGCCUCCUGUGGACAGGACAGCCAGCUGAAAAUAUGGAUUGUUUCCCAGCGUGAAGGUGAAGGCUGUGUCAUGAAGCUGGUUCACACUCUUACCAGCCAGUCAGCUCCAGUUUUGUCUUGCUCUUUCUCUUCUGAUGGAGAGCUGGUCGUCUCGGGUUCGGUGGAUAAAAGUGUUGCAAUAUAUGAUGCGAACCUGGGAACCCUGCUUCAUAAUUUGAAACAGCAUGACAGGUAUGUGACUGCUGUUGCUCUGUCUCCCACCAUGCCGUGGAUUGCAACCGGAUCCAUGGACAGAACCGUAAAGGUGUGGAGAAUAGGAGAUGGAGUCAGCAGAGCUGCAGCUGAAUCAAGACAGACAGUGUGCCAAGGAAGGAAGUUGCCCGGUCACUCCAGGCUGCUGGUUGCUGAUUGGUCAGAGGAGGAUGUGCAGACUUGGCUGUGUGAGGAAGGACUGCAGGAGCUCGUCAGCAUCUUUAAAGCCAACGACGUCGACGGAGCAGAGCUCAGCCAGCUGAACAAGGAAACAGCAGCAGAGCUGGGAAUUGAGUCUGUGGGCCUCCGAGGUCGUCUCCUGAGGAAAAUCGAGGCCUUGAAGGCAGAGCAGAGCGGUUCUGAUGCCCCAGAUGAGUUUCUGUGUCCAAUCACCAGAGAGCUGAUGAAGGAUCCAGUCAUUGCUGCAGACGGGUAUUCCUACGAACGAGAAUCCAUGGAGAGCUGGAUAAGGGGCAAAAACAAAACAAGCCCCAUGACGAACCUGCUCCUACAGACCACGCUCCUCACCCCUAAUAGAUCUCUGAAGAUGGCGAUAACACGAUGGAAGUCGAGCCAGUAGACAGCAGCUCAUUUAAGCUUGUUUUCCAACUAAACAGGUACUUCAUCAUAACACAGGAGCUGCUUAUCUGAUAACAAGUGCUGUUAUCAUCAUUGAAAGAAUUACUAUGAAUAGUUUUUUCAGGGUACCACUCUAAUCAGAAUCCGAUAAGUCAACGAAAUAAAAUAUCUGCAUACCUGCUAAUUGUACGGCAUUAUGUAUUUGAAGACAUCACUCAAAGUAACACUGUAACUUUUGAAUGUAGAAAUUACAAAUGUUCCCUCUCAAAUAAAAAGUUGAAUUCAUAUUAAAUGAAAUGCACAACUGUUCAAUACACACAGGGUAGCUUAUGGUGGCUUAUGUUGGCAAACUAAUGUUCUCGAAGUACUUGCUACUGUUAGCUUACGUUUUAGCAUCUUUUCAUAUUCCAUAAUGGUCACUUGUGUGUUGACCAGUCAGUGGCAAUCCAAGCAAACUAGAUAAUAAUUGCUAUAUAACUGUGAAGAUGACUAGUUUCUUUUCUUGCGGCUGUUGCGCUAUAUUUUAGCUUUUUUUUUUUUAAUCCCAAAUGUAAAAAGUAAAAGUAAACACUGUACCUCGCCAGAAAUGAUUGGACAUGUAAUGUGCCAUUGUCCUGUAAUUGCCACUUGUGGCCACAGAGGCCGCUGUCACAAAGUCUCACCUAGUCUCACUUUAGUGAUCUGUUGCGUUACCUGAAGCUUUUUGGCAGCAACCAAACGGCUGUAUAAUGUUUACACUCAUCUUUAGGCUCAUGAUAAUUGUUAAAUGUCCUCUUAACAUAAGCAGCCUUGUGUUUUAGAAUAAAAGUCAGCAGACCUGUU